AAUGCUUCCAAAGCAUCUGGUUUGUAUUAUCAGCUGUAUUGAAGUUGUAUCUCUAAAAGUUUCAGGAUUUAAACAUAAUGGAUAUAGAAUUUUCCAUCCCUCUGAACAAGGAAGAUUUAUUAUCAAAUAAUAGUGAUGGCUACAGUGUGAAAAACAUUAUUGAGCCUGCAUCAAUAGAUGAAAAACUAGAAGACUGCAAUGUUGAUUAUCGGAAUGAAGGUCCAACGGCUAUAUUAAAACAUUUUGAUACAUUUUAUAGUGUGCUGCACCAUAUGGGACGACUUAAAGACGAGAUAAAAGCAAAUACUUGGGAAAUUGUACUGUCAAACAUUAUCAUUCAUAUUAAUAGUCUACCAAUGCUGCUUGAUCCAGAAGGUAUUGAUGUUCAAACCCAAAGACAACAGUUAUGUACUCUAAAGAUGGAGAGUUAUAUCUUAACACAAUUGAUGGAGGCAUUCGAAAGUGAUGCAACAAAACCAGUAAUAACAGAUGCUGCUAAGAAAGGGAAGUCUAAUAAAAAGAAAUCACACGAAAACUGGGAUUGGAACACAGAACGAAACCGUGCACUAACAGCAAUAAACCAACUAAUUCAACUUGAAAUUCAAAGAUUGUGGGAUCCUCCUAUAGUAGAAGAAGAAUACACCAAUUUGUUCAGUGGUGUAUGUUAUAAACUGCUUGAGAACCAACCUUUUGUACGCCAGAAGGAGGACAGAGAUGUAGUGUUUCAAAUUUUGGGACAUUUGAUCAAACGAUUUAAUCACCAACUAGGAGCAAGUUUAAAAAUAAUACAGUUGCUACAACAUUUCGAAUACUUGGUUUCUCCAUUAGCACAAGCAUUAGGAACAUUUGUGAUAGAUUUCGGUGCUAAAAAUUUGGUUGGUGACAUUAUCAGAGAGAUUGGUAGAAUGGAUGCGUCAGAUUUAUCUAGAGACACAAGUGGAACAAGGUCAUUUUCACAAUUUAUUGUUGAAAUUGCAGAUAAAAUGCCAUCUUAUGUUUUACCAAAUAUAAGUCUGCUGAUGUCACAUUUAGACGGUGAUUCUUACACAAUGAGAAAUGGUGUUCUUGGUGUAUUUGGGGAAAUUGUUAUUAAAGUUUUAAGCAAAGAAGACCUUGACGAUAACAUGAAAAAAUCAAGGGAAAGUUUUCUUGACAGAUUGGAGGAUCACAUACAUGAUGUUCAUGCAUUUGUCAGAAGUAAAGAUUUGCAGAUAUGGUUACAUCUCUGUCAAGAAAAGUCUAUACCGAUUUCAAGACAAGCUCGCAUUGUUGAUUUGGUGAUUGGUCGACUGCAUGAUAAGUCAAGCCAAGUUCGAAAAUAUGCAGUACAGUUUUUGAAAGUGUGCUUAAUUGGUAAUCCAUUUGCGGCAAAGUUACCAAUGGAGCAGCUAACAUCAAGCUUAGAAAAAGAAAUUGAAAAACUUAAAGAAAUGAAUCCUGAAAAGGAUAGUCACGAUGAGACUGUUGUUAACAAUUCCAACAAGGAAUGCUCUGAUGAAUGGCUGAAAAUUAUAGAUGAUAUCAAAAAAGCUCUUGAAGAACAUUUUUCUGAUAAUAAAAUGGACCAAACCCUUGAAGAAAUUGAGCUUUAUGAAGACGAUGAUGAUGCACUUGAUAAAGCUAUCCUCCAAAUACAAAAGUACCUAAAGGACAAUGAGUAUAAAAAUGGCAUAAGACAUUUAAUAGCGGCAAUGGAAACUUGGAGUGAUUGUGAGGAUUUUCAUGUAGACCAAAAGGAUAUAGAAAGUGACAAUAUACCUACUGGUGCAGAAGAAACAGCUGACAAGACUUUAACAGAAGAUCCGUCCACCCCAAAAGAAAAGGAACACACUGAUUCUGAUGCAUUAAUGAAAAAAUGUUUUGUUUUACUUAAAAAAAUAUUUCAUGUUUCAUCUAUAACAGCAGAUGAAGAAGAUAUGGAGCUUGAUUUAGAAGCAGCAACACAAGUGGAACAACCUGAAACAAAUCCUGUUCUAAAUGCUGAACUAGAAAAACAAAAAGUUCUUGUGAAAUAUUUGCAAGAUUGUGUUCAAUUCGCACAACAAAUGCGUCGCGCCAUACCAAUUUUGUGUCAGCUUCUUGGAUCGAAGGCUAACUCAGAUGUGUUGGAGACUAUUGACUUCUUCAUUGCUGCUCAUGAAUUUGGAUUGACGCAAUCAGAGGAAGGAAUACGAAGAAUGGCUAACUUAAUAUGGUCACGUGAUCCUAUUGUAAAGAAAGCUGUAGUUAGUGCAUUUGAAAGGUUGUACAUUGAUGUGUCUUGCGACGGCGAAAGAAACAAAGCAAAUUUAAUUGUGAAGAGUCUGAUGUCGUUGAUAACCAAAGCUAAUCUUGGUGAACUGACGUCACUAGAGGAACUGUUGUGUGAGUUGAUGAAAAUGGAUUUGAUCCCUUCCUCUGUCACUCAAUUGUUGUGGCAGCAGUUUGCGUUAAAAAUGCCACAAACAACAUACGAAGAGCAACGAGGAUCCCUAAUCAUUCUAUCCAUGAUUGCCGGUGCUGAAAAAGACAUCAUCAAGUCUAAUCUUGGCGUUCUUGUUGAACACGGCUUAACGUACAAUAAGAAUUACUUGCUAGCACGAGAUACAUGUGCAGCCAUACUAAAACUAACUGCUAAGUCAACAAAAUUUGGUAGCUCGUCAGCUGAACCUUUUCGCUUAGCGUCUGAUCAUGAUUUGUUUUCACGACUGGAGGAAUUAUUAACACAAGGAUUGACCAAUAUAAGUGAUAUGAGCUGGACGCCGUUUUGUGAGCAAGCUCUUACAGUUAUAUAUCACCUUGCUGAAUUGCCUGAUCAAAUAUGUGGGCGCAUUGUAAAAUGUAUGACAAAAACUCUGAUGGGCGGUAUGGAGGUUGAUCAAGUGGAAGAAGAACCAGAAAAUGAUGACAUAUUUCCUAAAGCAUCCCAAACCUCUGGUUACAAAGCCCAUCCAAGAAUCGUUGCCCGUGUUUUAUCUGCUGCUGGCCAUAUAGCUCUUCUUGAGUUGUUUCACUUGGACGUUAGUGUGUUCGGCGAGUUAAAGCGAAGACAUCGUGUGAGGGAGGAAGAAAAAGAGAAGAAAGGACAAAAGACGAAAAAGACACCUGGUAGAAGAAAUGGAAGGGAUAGUUCUGCAAGCACUAUUAAUUCAAAAGGGGAUACUGGUGUUGAGGAUGAGUUGGGUGUGGGCGGUGCUGUUGCUGAAGAUGCAGAAGCUGAGUAUAUACGAAAAGUUUGUGAACACGAAAUCGUCACAGGUCAAAAUCUUUUAAGCAUAUUCGCACCAGUGGCUGUUCUUAUUUGCAGCAAUCCAACUAAAUACAAGAAUGUGGAAUUACAAUCUGCAGCGUCUUUAGCGUUAUCAAAAUUUAUGUUGGUCAGUUCUGAUUUUUGCGAUCAACAUCUUCGUCUGUUGUUUACAAUACUAGAAAAGAGCGACUUGCCUGCUGUUCGUUCCAAUGCUAUCAUUACACUGGGGGAUUUAACAUUUAGAUUUCCAAAUCUUAUCGAGCCAUGGACACCUCAUCUUUAUGCACGUCUUCGUGACCCCUCUGUUGAAGUGAGAAAAACGGCGGUGACAAUUCUUACACACCUUAUAUUGAAUGAUAUGGUUAAAGUGAAAGGCCAGAUCAGUGAAAUGGCUGUUUGUUUGGAAGAUAAAGAAGAAAAAAUCGCUUCGUCAGCAAAAAUGUUCUUCUUUGAGCUCGCUCAAAAGGGUAAUGCUCUUUAUAAUAUUGCACCAGAUAUUAUCAGUCGCCUCUCUGAUCCAGACUCUGGUGUAGAUGAAAAAACGUUUCGCACGAUUAUGAAAUACCUUCUGCAAUUUAUACAAAAAGACAAGCAAGCCGAAUCAUUGGUGGAGAAGCUUUGUCAUCGUUUCAGAGCUACGAGAACUGAUCGGCAAUGGCGUGAUCUAUCUUAUUGUUUAUCGGUACUACCAUACAAUGAGAAAGCUUUUAAAAAGUUAAUGGAGAACAUUCGUUGUUACCACGAUAAACUCUCUGAUGAGGAAGUGUUUAACUGUUUUAACAAUAUUAUCACGAAAUCCAAGAAGUUCGCCAAAGUAGAGCUGAAGACAUUAGUUGAAGAAUUUGAAGUAACUUUAAACGCUUUCCAUACAAGAGGUGCGGAAGAAAAUGCCGAUUUUGAUAAAGCAGCAAAAGCGCUGUCAUUGGCUGCUUCUCAAACCAAUACACGGAACGCAACAGAGCCCGGUGCAAGAAGAAAGAAGAAAGCCUCUAGUCGUUCAAAGAAGAAAGCUUGGGAAGUAGAAAAUAGCGACGAAGAUGGAGAAGAUAUGGGUAAAGAGAAUACGCCACUACCAGGCAGAGGAAAACGUAAGAACUUGACAAGGGGGAAGAAAACAGUAGCGCGGUUGAAUCCAACAUUUUCAAGCGACGAUGAUAUGUUCGAAUAAAUUAAUUCUUCCAUCAGUUAUUCCUGACACAGUAGAACAGUAGAAAUAUUCUGAACUUCCUAUGUUUUAUAGUCUUCCUCUUUAUAAGAGAGCAGGUUUUAAUAUUGUAAUUAUACGUCAAGUAAGGCUUUCUCUGUGGGUAUCCUGUCCUCGACCUUUAGUAUUUUAUGCUAAAUUCUAUCGUGAAGUUUUGAUAAGUUGUGGUCUUUGCCAAUCUCGAUGUGUUAAAGUGCUGAAACAACGAACCCAACUAAAAUAAAUCGAUAUUUUACUAAUUGUAAAUAAAGGAAGCGACUCAAAGCUAUAUUUUUGUUAGGCGAUAAAAAGAUAUUCUGGUAUUUUCUUUUUCUUCACAAUAUGGGUGUGCCAAUAUACAAGUAUGUACUUAUUUGCAAAUAAUUUAUACAAUGUGACCUAGUUGUAGAAUUCAACUUUUGAUUUUGUAAAUAAUCCAAUAUUCAUGUUUUACUCUCUGUAGAAUUUACAUAAUUACAUCGUAUGAACUUAA